AAAGACCAACGAACGACCUGUCAGCCUAAUGGGCAGAUUACAAGAAACAAAAUUCUCUCUUUCUAGGAACAUAAAAAGGGAGAAGGCAGGGGAAAAACAAAGAAAAAGAAAAAGAAAAGGAAAAAGAAUAAAGACAUGAAGAAGUCACCGUUGCCAAUGGUGCAAAACACAAGCAGCAACGAUGAAAAGAGAACAAGAAAAGAAACACUAGUGAAGCUGUUAAGAUGGCAUUUUGGGUAUCAAGAUUUUAGAGGCAAACAGUUAGAAGCCAUUGAAGCUGUUUUAUCAGGGAGGGAUUGUUUUUGUUUGAUGCCAACUGGUGGAGGGAAGUCAAUGUGUUAUCAAAUUCCUGCUCUUGCUAAACAUGGGAUUGUUCUUGUCGUGUCUCCUUUGAUUGCCUUGAUGGAGAACCAAGUGAUGGCCUUGAAGGAGAAAGGAAUUGCAGCUGAAUUUCUUUCAUCGACUCAAACAUCAAGUGUUAGAAAUAAAAUUCAUGAAGAUCUGGACUCUGGAAAACCAUCUGUGAGGCUGCUGUAUGUAACACCAGAAUUAAUUGCAACACCAGGAUUUAUGUCGAAGCUGACAAAGAUUCACACCAGAGGGUUGUUGAAUCUCAUUGCCAUAGAUGAGGCACAUUGCAUUUCGUCAUGGGGUCAUGAUUUCAGGCCUAGCUACCGUAAGCUUUCAUCUUUGAGGAAUCACCUUCCAGAUGUACCAGUCCUGGCUUUGACAGCUACAGCUGCUCCUAAAGUUCAGAAUGAUGUGAUAGAGUCAUUAUGUCUGCAAGACCCUUUGGUUCUCAGCUCUUCUUUUAAUCGUCCAAAUAUUUAUUAUGAAGUUCGAUACAAAGAUCUUCUGGAUGAUGCCUACGCUGAUUUAUCCUCUGUACUCAAAUCUUAUGGGGAUGUCUGUGCAAUUGUUUACUGCCUUGAACGAACAACCUGUGAUGGCUUGUCUGCUCAUCUUUCCAAAAAUGGCAUUUCCUCUGCUGCUUACCACGCUGGCUUGAAUAAUAAACUGCGGAGCUCAGUUUUAGAUGAUUGGAUUUCUUCUAAAAUACAAGUUGUUGUGGCCACAGUGGCUUUUGGGAUGGGUAUAGAUAGAAAAGAUGUUAGAAUGGUUUGCCACUUUAACAUUCCAAAGUCAAUGGAGUCCUUCUAUCAAGAAUCAGGUAGAGCAGGACGUGACCAGCUUCCAUCCAGAAGUCUCUUGUACUAUGGAGUUGAUGAUCGCAAAAAGAUGGAGUUCAUUUUAAGAAAUGCUGAGAACAAGAAGCUGCAGUCCUCAAGUUCAGAGGGCAAGUUGUCAAAAAAGUCCCUCACUGACUUCAAUCUGAUGAUUGAGUACUGUGAGGGUUCUGGAUGCCGUCGGAAAAAGAUUCUUGAGAGUUUUGGGGAACAGGUUUCUGCCACACUAUGUAAAAAAUCAUGUGAUGCCUGCAAACAUCCAAAUCUAGUUGCCAAGUAUUUGGAGGAACUUACAACUAGCAUUGCUCGUCAGAGAAAUGGUUUUUCUCGAGUUUUUAUGAGCAGGUCCACAGAUAUGAUUGAUGAAGAAUUCAGAAUUGAUGAACAAUUCUCUGAAUUCUGGAAUCGGGAUGAUGAAGCCAAAAGUUCUGAGGAAGAUAUAUCUGAUUUUGAUGAUGAAACUGAAGCUGUCAAGAGCCUACCUAGAUCAAGAUUGUCAAGAAAAUCAGGAGUAGAUGAGAAGAUUGAGUUGCUGCAGCGAGCGGAAGAAAAUUAUUAUCAGAAUAAAAACUUUGAUAAACUGAAAAAUAAAGUUGACAAGAAUGCCAUAUCUGAAACACUGAGAGAAGCAAGCAAACAAAGAUUAUUAAAUGCUUUGAAGCUAGCUCACCAGCGGCUUGGAAUCUUAAACAUUGAACUUGAUACAUCAGCCUCCUUCCUUGAAAAUGAGUGCUACAAGAAGUACGGAAAGAGUGGGAAAACGUUCUACUAUUCUCAGGUGGCAAGUACAGUAAGGUGGCUAUCAUCGACUACUUUGGUAGAGUUAACAAAUCGGCUCGGCCCUGGCACCCCUUCCGUCCCUGUGUCUAAAGAACAUCCUCCUGAGACACCACCAUCACCCUUGCUUGAGCAGAGGCCACCAGAAACUACUAACCUAAAACGCCACAGUAGCUUUCAUUCACCCUUGCUUGAGCAGAAGUCACCAGAAACUACUACCCUUAGACUCCACCAUACAUUUCAAUCAGAAACUUCGAUGAAUACUUCACCGUCAGAAAGUUCCAGCCUGAGUACAAAGCUGCCAUCCAUUCCAUCAUUUUCCGAGUUUGUGAACAGCAAAAAGGAAAAAGGCAACCAUGCCAAUACAUCACAAAACCAAUCACAAAUGAGACUGGAGAAGACCGGAGAGAAGAGGCCGAGGUUGCAUUAACUCAAAUUUUGGAGCUUUAUUUUUCCCUCGUCUUAGUUAUGUACACACGAGUAGUCGGUCUGGAAUAAUCUUGUUAUAAAUUCUGAUCAAGGAUAAAACACAUUUUUUUUUAACUAAAUACGUAUUUGGUAAUUAUAAACAACCUUUUUCAAA